UUGGUCAGUGCUGCUGUCGUCAUAGAUCAAGAUGGCGCCUACCCUGGUGGAGCAUGUUGUCGCAGAUGCUGGAGCAUUUUUAAAGAAAGCCCCUCUGCAGGAGAUUGGCAGUAAUAUUUACACCCUGAAAGAUGUCGUGGAUGAGAUCAGAGACAAACCGACCAGGAGGAGUCUCGCCUUCCUGCCGUACCAGCUGCAUUUCAGAGAGCCUCACCCCGAACACAUCAGACACGUCUCAGAGUUCUCCAAGAAGACGGGGGACUACCCGAGUCUGUCUGCGGUGGACAUUAAGGUUCUGGCUCUGACCUACCAGCUGCAGCUGGAACACGUCGGCUCCGAGAACCUGAAGACAGAGCCGGAGGUCAAGGUGAAUAUUCAGAGCACCCAGCGCCACCCAGAGACUCCCGUUAAUGUUGCAGGAUUCCACUUCCCCUCCAAGAAACCUGCAGACACUCCGAACCCCCGACAGACGAAGAGGACGACGGAGACUGAGACGGAGACGACGGAGACUGAGACGACGAGCAGCGACAAGUUUAACAGCUUCCAGUUCUGGAGAGAACCUCUACCCUCCAUCAGCACAGAGCUGCUGCAGCUGCUGGAGCCGGUGGAGGUUUUAAACUCGGAGAACAAACAGAAACAGACGGACAGUCAGAGUCCUGCAGCGUCCAGCAAGUUCAACAGCUUCCAGUUCUGGAGAGAAACAAUCUCCCCGCUGGACGACUCGCUGCUCCACCUGCUGGAGGUGGACGGUGUCUUGUCCUCAGAGAGUCGGGUGGACACGCUGCUGCAGGAGUCAGACGACCAAUCAGACGAGGAGGACAAAGAGAACGAGCCUGAGGACGGAGACGAGGACAGAGACGAGGAGGAGGAGGACGAUGGCGGCGGCUGGAUCACUCCGGCUAACAUCACACAGGUGAAGAUGGAGUCGUCUGAUUGGACGGCGCCUGCUGAUGUCACAGUGGGCUGUCUGACCACAGACUUUGCCAUGCAGAACGUUCUGAUCCAGAUGGGGCUCCAUGUUCUGUCAGUCAGCGGGAUGCUGAUCCAGCAGGCCAGGAACUACAUCCUGAGGUGUCACGCCUGCUUCAAGACGACCACCAACAUGAACAAGGUGUUCUGUCCUCACUGUGGGAACCAGACGCUGAAGAAGAUCGCCGUCUCCGUCAGUCAGGACGGCAGCACGCACAUGCACUUCUCCAAGAACCCCAAAGUCCUGAACCCCCGAGGGCUGAGGCACUCGCUGCCGCUGCCUCAGGGCGGGAAGCACGGGAACAACCCUCAGCUGGUGGAGGACCAGCGUUUCCCGCAGCAGAGGCUCAGCCGCAAAGCUCGCCAGAAGACGGACGUGUUCGACCCUGACUACGUGGCCGGAGUGUCUCCGUUCAGCCAGAACGACAUCUACAGCCGCGCCGCCAACCUGCACAUCAGAGACGGCCAGAGCGGAGCCGGCCGUCGGCGGGCAAACCCCAACGCUGCCCGCAAGAAGUUCGUCAAGAAGAAGUGAAGAGAGACAGACGAUUGAAGAGAAACCAGCAGUUUGAUGUGAAAUAACCAGCUGUUAUCAUGUUUAUUCUCUAUUAAUAUUCUGUAUCCACACAAAUAAAUGUUAUUAAUUCAAUUCAAUUCAAAAUACUUUAUUUGUCCCCGAGGGGCAAUUAAAAGAAGCAUACACAGUGGUCAUUAAAUUAAUACAGCAAAGAAGUAAAAAUCAAGCAACAGAUAUGACAACGAGAUAGACAACACCAAUAAAAGUAUAACAAGCGGAAAAAAGCGUGAAGACGAUCACAUAAAGGGAUCUUCCCCCAAUUAAAAAAGUAGCAGAGUGAGUGUGAACCUGGGAGACGUCAAUGUUUAGGAGGUGAAUGGCCUCUGCCUCUGAAUUUUGCACCGGGGGAAACGCAGGCGCCUCCCUGAAAGAAGCCUUAUGAAGGCCGGGAAUAAACAGUGUGUGGAGUCCUUUAAAAUCCGUCUGGCAGUACGUUUUGUUUGCUGCUCA